AUGUGGAACACUCCUGUGGAAGGACAGGCCCCGCUGCAGUGUGCGCCGCGGUGUUGGUAUGCAAACAAAGUCCACGGCUGCAGGCUUUGGACCAUCACUGACCACUGCAGCAGGUACACAGCGGUGGACUGUGGGGGAGGGGCGGGGCUGGUUCCUAAUGCCCUGGACUUUGCAGAGAGACUUCUGGAGCCUCCUGAUAAGCUCCAGGCUUAUCCGGAGGCCGGGACCAGGCGCAGACCCGCCGUGUGGUGGGAAAUGCCGCCCCCUGCUGCUCAAAAUCAGCACGUGCACGCACCAGAACACAGCAUCGAUUAA